UCCCGGCCCGGCCCCCAUUCCCAUCCCACACCCACACCCACACCCACAGCCACACUCACAUUCCCCAGUCCCGAUCCCGAUCCCGACCCCGCUCCCGGACCGCGAUGCUGCCGCCGGUGCCGCUCUGCUCUGCCCGCUGCCAGGGGUCGGGGUCCGAGCCCGAGGCCCAGGCCCAGGCCGAGCGCCGCUAUUCCCAGCUCUUCGCCCAGCUCGAUGUGAACCGGGACGGCCGGGUGGAUGUGUCCGAGCUCCGGGCAGCGCUUCAAAGCCGAGGCUUCAGCCUCCGGCCCGAGGCCGCACAGAAAAUAUUUCGUUCUGCGGACAGUGACAAGAAUGAACAGCUGGACUUUGGAGAGUUUAGCAAAUACCUCCAGAACCAUGAGAAGAAACUGAAACUAGCCUUCAAGAGUUUGGAUAAAAAUAACGACGGCAGGAUUGAUGCUCCUGAGAUUGUCGAGUCUCUUAAAUCACUGGGAAUGCACAUCAACCUUAAGGCAGCAGAAAAGAUUCUUCAGAGUAUGGAUGAAGACAGGACGAUGACGGUGGACUGGAAUGAAUGGCGGGAUCACUUCCUGUUCAAUCCAGCAACAAACAUCCAAGAAAUCAUCCACUUCUGGAAACAUUCGACGGUAUUGGACAUUGGUGACAGUUUGACAAUUCCUGAUGAAUUCACUGAAGAGGAGAAGAAGUCGGGCAUGUGGUGGAGGCAGCUGCUCUCUGGGGCAAUGGCUGGCGCUGUGUCCCGUACUGGCACGGCCCCUCUAGAUCGACUCAAAGUCCUCAUGCAGGUCCAUGCUUCCAAAACAAACCAAAUGAACAUGUACAAUGGAUUCAAGCAGAUGCUGAAAGAGGGAGGAGUGGUGUCUCUGUGGCGAGGAAAUGGGAUGAACGUGGUGAAAAUAGCACCAGAAACAGCCAUUAAAUUCAUGGCCUACGAGCAGUAUAAGAAGUUGUUCGCGAGGGACAAGCAAAACGUCACUACUGCUGAGAGAUUCCUCGCAGGAUCGCUGGCUGGAGCGACAGCACAAACCAGUAUUUAUCCAAUGGAGGUGCUGAAGACCAGAAUGGCUCUGCGAAAGACAGGACAGUAUUCGGGGAUAGGGGAUUGCAUCAAGAAGAUUAUGAGGAAGGAAGGAUUGAUUGCAUUUUACAAAGGCUACAUUCCAAACAUUCUGGGUAUUAUUCCAUAUGCCGGCAUUGACCUUGCUAUCUAUGAGACAUUGAAGAAAACCUGGUUAAAUAAAUAUGCCAAGGAAUCUGCUGAUCCAGGAGUGUUGGUCCUGUUAGCCUGUGGCACCAUAUCUAGUACCUGUGGACAGCUAGCCAGCUACCCACUAGCUCUAGUCAGGACACGGAUGCAAGCACAGGCUUCGCUGGAGCAAUCGCAACAGCUCAACAUGAUGGGUCUGUUCCGAAAGAUUGUGGCUAAAGAGGGGCUGUUAGGCCUCUACAGGGGUCUGGCCCCCAACUUCAUGAAGGUUAUCCCUGCUGUAAGCAUCAGCUACGUGGUGUAUGAACACAUGAAGACGGCUCUGGGGAUCCAGUCCAGCUAAAAUUGGCCACAGGCCAAUCCACUCAGGGAACCAGAUUUCACGUCAACAGCAAAUUCCAUCCACAGCUUCAGACCCAGGCCACAGGCUCAGACCCCACUGAGGAGCGAAGUUAGGAAACAUUUCUUCACACAAAGGAUGUCAGAAGUUUGGAACUCUAUCCCACAAAAAGAAAUAGAGGCAGGGCUGAAUUAAUGAUUUUAAAUGUGUGAUUAAUACAUUUUUGAUAACCAAGGGAGAUGGAGUCUAAGCAGAUAAAUGGAGUUAGAAUACAAAUCAGCCAUGAUCUUAUUGAUUGUUGGAGAAAGCUUGAAUGGCCUCCAGUCCCUGUAUUCUUGAUUCCAAGGCUAAGUAAAAGGUUGGGGAUUGCAGAACCCAAUUCUUGAAACUGGUUACACAAAUCCCUGAAUCCCAAAGUUUAGAGCAGAACUUCCACUUCAGUCUCAGUGACCCUCAGAUUCGGCCACUGCCUCACAACGAGCCAGACUUAGGGGCUUGACCUCAAAGUGACCUUGGGCAUGACCUCAGUGCUGUUUAAAUGUGCAUUCUAAGAUAAGACUCUGCUGAAUUGCUCCAAUUUGCGCACAAGCUCACAAUUAAUUUGGCUGUGCUUUUGGGUCUGCCUCAAAAGUAGAAUAAUCUAAUCAGGUGUUAGAUAAAGAACCGACAUUUUGAGAACUCUGCACGUUUUUUACCUUCCAUCAGCAGUACAAAUGUUCAUGCAAUCUGAUGGAAUAUUUACCAAAUCUUUCAGUCUCGGUGAAUAAAGUUCAUUACUUUUUUUCCGCUUUGCUUUGUUCUGCAAGUUAGAAUUGUCCUUUGCUUCUGGCAAACAAACUCCAAAUCCUAACCGUUCACAUUGACUAUUUGACCUCGCAAUGUCCUGUGCCUCUCCAAUGGAUCAAAUUACUGAAGUGAUUUGACCCAGUGACAUUGAACAGAAGUAACCCUGAGAUCAUUUUCCACACUCCUGUUGUGCUUUGAACAUGACUCCUACUGAGGUGUGUCUUAAAAAAAUACUGGGUCUAAUUUGAGGAAAGUUUUGAGUCUGGGUAUUUUUAAGUGAUCAUGUGUAGUGAGCAGCUUUCAGUUGGGUUGGUUUCCCUUCCUGUACUUUUGUACUUUUAUUUUACGUGUUGCAUGGAUUUUUUUCAUCAAUAAAUUGAUUCAUUUGUAACAUUA